GCAAGGCGCCGGCCGCUCCCCGACAGCGGGGUCGGGCAGCGGGUGCCCCGACGGUAUGCCGGAGAAGCGGCUCUCUGCCGACCCGCCAGAGAUUACAGAAGAUGAUUUUGAAAAUUACUUGGCAACAGAUGACUUCCUUGUGGAUUACUUUAAUGAGUUCUUAAGCCUUCCUACCUUUUCAGAGGCAAUUAGAUUUAAUGUAGACUAUGGAGUUUUUGAAGUGAUUAAUAAUGCACCACAACUUCUGGAAAAGCAACUGAAAAGAGUUCUGCGAAACCAGCAACCUCGAAAUCCCAUCUAUGAUGUUAUAAGGAAAGGGAAAAAUGAUGCUAAAUCUCUUCAAAAUGGCAUCUCCAGUGAAGAUGAAGCCAUUAGUGUCAACUACAAUAUCAUGUGUCUCAACCGUGAACAAGGUAUUAAGUGGAUCAAAAGAAAAAGACUUCCAGCAUUUCUGGAGAGUGAUUGCUACUUUGAAUACAGAUUAGCCAAGUUGAUCUCACAAGCAACAUGGAGCAACUCAGGCAUGAAUUUCAUAGUAGGUACAAACUUUUCCCCCUGGAUCCUGAGAAAGCUGCCUACUCCACCUCCUCCUACCAUUGAAGAGGACCAUCUCAUGAUUAUGAAAAAGUUCUAUGUUUCUCUUGGCCAGGCCUCCUAUACUCAAACAAAAGAUUGGUUUACACUAGCAAAAGAAAGUCAGAAAACAGUAACAACCUUUUCGUUACCCUGCUGUAAACCCCACCACAAAACUGCGCCCCCAGCUAUUUCUUCUGUGUCUGAGAGUUUUAUAUUCGAUGAUGGAAUUCACCCCAGGAAAACAAAGAGCCCAACUAAAACCACUGAAAUAAUUCCUGAGCUGGAAGAAGAAGAAGAAGGCUCUGUAUCAAUAAAAGAUACUCCUUCCCAAGCUCUUCUGAGAAUAUACCUUGAAAGGAAAGAGGGCCAGGUCGACAAGAACCUGACAAUGCAUUUCUCGUCAGUUGAAGAAUUUCUCAACAACUAUAUAGUCUUUAUCUUGAGACAAGCCAUUGAGCACAUCACAGGCCAUUCCUUUAGGGACAUUCCAGGCUAUAUCAACUUCUACAAUGUAUCCCAGCUGAUAUUUGAUAGUAUGGAGCCUGUGCCUAGAAGGAAGGUUGUAAGUUCGCCUCAAUUUGAAACAGAAAAGGAAAUCUCAGAAGAGAAAUUGGAAAAAGCAAGUUUAAGUUCAAAGAGUGAGAGUCUUGGGCCAGAGGGCAGGGCCGACUGGUGUAUUUCUCACAGAGCCUAUGACAUUGGCAACAGAAGGGAAUUUGAAAGAUUUAAGAAGUUUCUAAAGGGAACAUUAGGAGAAAGAUACUGGUGGCUAUGGAUGGACAUUGAGAGGUUAAAAGUCCUUAAGGACCCUGGAAGACAUCAAAGACAUCUUGAGAAAAUGAAGAAAUGCUACCUUGUGAGCAGUGGGGAGCGCUACCUUUCUACAGAAAUUCUAUCCAAGUUUAAACUGCUGCAUGGAUCCCGGUGGACAGAAGAACAUUUAAAAAACAUUCAGAUUGAGGUUAUAAAACCUUUACUUCUGUAUUGGGCACCAAGAUUUUGUGUUACUCAUUCAUCUUCAACAAAAAAUGCUAGUGCUGAGCUGAAAUUCUGGCGCCUCCGUCAAGAGAAACCGAGGAAGGAUGUUGAUCCUUUCCCACAGAUGGCUACCCUCCUGCCAUUAAGACCAAAGUCUUGCAUUCCACAGGUCCCUGAGGUCCAGGGAGAAGAAAUCGGUUUAUUUCAACCACCUAAAUCUAAGAAAUUAUCAAGAGUAAGCAUAGGGACUCAAAAAUUUGGGAGAAUUGAGUCCUUGUAUCCAGUUCCUUCUAAGGAUGAUGGGCCAGAGAAAGGGUCACAGUUGGCAGAGGGAAGCACAGUAGUUCGCUUGACGUCUUUUACUGACAUCUCUGAAUGUCUGAAGCCCCAGCUGGAGAGAAAAUAUACUUAUACAGAAGAGCAUGAUGUUAAAACUGUAUCAGAUGCUGGAGCCUUGGGAGGAUUUGACAUGGAAAACUUGUUACAGUCUUUGUAUGUUGAAAAUAGAGCUGGAUUCUUCUUCACUAAGUUCUGUGAGAAUUCAGGGAACAAGCUGUGGAAGCACAGUGUGUACUUUUGGUUUGACCUCCAGGCUUACCAUCAGCUGUUCUAUCAAGAAACACUUCAGCCUUUUAAAGUAUGCAAGCAAGCCCAAUACCUUUUUGCCACUUACAUUGCUCCGUCAGCCACUCUGGACAUUGGACUUCAACAGGAAGAGAAGAAAGACAUUUACAUGAGAAUCCAGCCACCAUUUGAGGACCUCUUUGACACAGCAGAAGAAUAUAUCCUCCUCAUCCUUCUGGAACCCUGGACACAGAUGGUGAUGUCAGACCAAGCAGCUUACAGAAAGGUGAAACUACAGGAAGAGACUCGGCAGCUGGAUUCCACAUACUUCAGAAAGCUACAAGCUUUGCAUAAAGAAACAGUUCCCAAGCUGACUGAGGACACUGCCGGAUCUGUAACUUGCAUUCCGUCACUGGCUGAAGUCUCUAAACAAACAGAAUAUUGGAGUAAUGUUCCUGAAGAAUACAAGCACUUUACCUUUAAUGAUCUACUUAACAACAAACUGGAAUUUGAACAUUUCCGUCAGUUCCUAGAGUCUCAUUCUUCAAGCAUCGACCUUAUGUGUUGGAUAGAUAUCGAGCAGUUCCGAAGAAUCCUUUUUAAAGACCAAAAGCAAAGGGAGGCAAAGUCUAUAUACAUUAAAAACAAAUACCUCAAUAAAAAAUAUUUCUUCGGCCCCAACAGCCCAGCUUCUCUGGGUCAGCAGAACCAGAUAAUGCUUCUGAGUGGCGGCUGGGGGAGGAUCCUUCACGAGCAGCUUGACGCGCCGGUGCUGGUGGAAAUCCAGAAGCACGUCUUGCACCGACUGGAAAACGUGUGGUUGCCAUUGUUUCUCACAAGUGAACAGUUCGCAUCACGUCAGAAGAUAAAGAUACGGAUGAAAGACAUAGCUGAUGAGCUUUUACUGCAGAGGCAUGACAGGAAAAUUGGAGUUUGGAAGCCUGUGGCAAGUAAGUGGAUAUCUUCAUCCUGUGAGAUUAUUGCUUUCCGUAAAGCAUUAUUGAAUCCAGUCAUUGCAAGGCAAUUUCAACGAUUUGUGGCCCUGAAAGGAGAUUUAUUGGAAAAUGGAGUACUUUUUUGGCAAGAAGUACAGAAGUUUAAGGAUCUGUGCCACUCACACUGUGAUGAGUCCAUCAUCCAGAAGAAAGUCAUGACCAUCAUCAACUGCUUCAUCAACUCCUGUAUCCCACCGGCUUUGCAGAUUGAUAUUCCGGUUGAGCAGGCCCAGAAGAUAAUUGAACACCGGAAGGAGCUGGGACCAUAUGUGUUCCGAGAGGCACAGAUGACAAUUUUUGGAGUUCUGUUUAAGUUUUGGCCACAGUUCUGUGAGUUUAGGAAGAAUUUAACAGAUGAAAAAAUUAUGAGUGUUUUAGAGAGAAGACAAGAAUAUAAGCAGAAAAAGAGACUGUCAGAGUCAGAGGAAGACAGGAUUGGAAAGGCUGUCAAGCAGUAUGCAAGCACCACAGGCUCACUAACCAAAGCUCCUUUAGCCAGCGAGUCCUUACUAGGCCUGCAAGCUUAUGGUCGACAGGACCUCUCACAAAUAGAAAAGCCAUUGGGUUCCUUCUCUGUUAAUCCUUCCAUUUAUAUUAAGGAGUUCGUUAUCUGUCCCAGGCAUGACCUUCAUGUGAUCCAGGCCUCCACCCUCACUCCUGAGGAAGGAGACAGCCGAGUCUUCCUGACAGACACGGCUGCAACAGAAUACACUCCAAGCCCGAGCCUUAGCAGCUGCCCGGAGGCCACUGGGGCCCCACAAGCAGGACAAGGGAAGUGGACCACAAGGCUCCAUCCCACCGGAGCUCAGCCCAAGUCAACUCCACCAGAAGCCUGCUUCAAAUGUCGUCAGCAGGCCACUGGUCACGGUAUUGCCCUGACGCCCAGCCGAUCAGGAGUUCAUGCCUCGUCUGCUGACAGCCCGGACACUGGAGAUCUGAAUGCCUUAGCGCAGGCUCAUCCUCUAAGUCACACCAUGGAGGUCCAGCCUCACCAACACUGGCAACUUCCGGCCUUUGAAUUCUGCAGCUUAGACCUGGUGACUCCCUCUGACCUCUCUGAGCCUAGGGCGAUGCUGCAGGCCACCUCUUGGCUCCUGAACUACCUCAGCUCCCUAGGAUACCGUGUUCCCCAGGCUCAGCUACACUCUCCCACUGUGGUAUAUUUGGGUGUUCAAUUCAACCUGGGUUCUAAGACCCUCAUCUCUGACAGGGUCCAAGCCCUGCGGUAUUUACAACCCCCAUCUACCACAGACCAGAUUCUCUCAUUUUGGGGCCUGAUGGAAUUCUUCCAUCACUGGGUCCCUAACUUUACCAUUAUGGCCAGGCCCCUAUACCAAGCGGCCAGAGAGACUCCCAAGGGGCCCCUCACCUACCCAGCCACUGUCUGCCGCCUUUUCUUCUCUUUACUACGAGAUGCUCUUCUAACAGCCCCACUGUUGCUCCUCCAGACCCCUCUUGACCUUUAUACAGAGGAAAGGUUGGGGGUGGCCACCAGGCUUCUAGUCCAACCAGCCGGGCCUUCGAACAGGGCCAUGGCAUUAUUCUUGUCCAAACAACUGGAGCUCACCAUCUGUGGAUGGCAGCCAUGCCUGAGAGCCCUGCAGCAGCGGCUGGACUCACAGCCAGGCUCUCAAGAUCACCUGUUCCAGCCGGUACACUCUACCUCUCAGACCUUCUGA